CGCAGGCGCCAUGCGGGUCGAGCCCUGGAACUUGCUGCUGGCCUCUCCUCUCUGCUCUUCAGCUUCUCUUGGUUCUGCCUCUCCAGGAUGGCCGAGAUAAGCAAUCAACUAAUUGUAAAAACUGUAUUUUGGAGUUUAAGGAAAAUAUACUACAUUUAAAAAAUAGAAGUGAAAAUAUUCAUCAACAGCUCAAGAAAGCCUUGAAUGAGAUGCAUCAUGAAAUUAUACAGAGAGAAAAUCUGUCAGGAACCUUAGAUGAGAAGAAAAUGGAUACACUGAGUGAGCAUGAGAGAGUAUCUAAUAUAUUUGAAGACUUUAAGUUCUUUUUUCCUCAUGUAAGGAAAGUCAAAAGAAUUUAUCCUAAAGUAAUCAUAGGCCAAGGGAAAACAGGCGUUUCUUUUGCACUAGGUAUUCCCACUGUCAGCAGAGGAAAUCACACUUACCUGAAGCAAACACUGAACUCCAUUGUCACCAGGAUUAUGCCUUGGGAAGAGAAGGAUUGUGUAGUGAUUGUUUCUGUUUCAGAUAAAAUUUGAAGAUAAUAAUAAUAAAAAGAAACACUCUAAUACCUGGAACCUCAGAUAAUCUUGAUUUCUAAUGGCAUCUUUUGGAAAUUGGAAUGGUGAAAAUACAUAAUUAUCUAGAGGAGGAAAAAACAAUGAACAAACUAGUAGACAAGAAAGUGUUAAACGACCUCUUAAGAAAAAAUAUAACCUUUAUUUAUGAUUUUUGAACUCUAUUACAAUUUAACAUUAAUAAAGGCAGGAUGUCUUUAAAAAUUAAGAACAGAAUUUUAUUCACUUAAAUAGUAAUGCUAUCAUAUAAUCUCAAUAAAUAAGAAAAAGCUCAGAAACUGCUAUUGUCACAGAUAAGUUCUGUGUGAGUAGAUAAAUGUUCCUAUCCAUUUUGCUAAGACACUUAAAGAAAUAGCACAAAUUUGAGCAAGUUGGGGUCUGAUGGCACCACAAUGUCUUCCUGGCUUUUAAUAAAUGCAUUUCAAAGUAUAAACCUAACUUACGUGGCACUUGAGCUGGUUAUCAAACAUCUUGAUAUGUAUGUGUUCUUAAGAGUCAUUUAGUUCCAAAGAUUUUAUAGUUUAACUCAGACUAUUUAAGAGUGCUUAUUUUUCCAAAUGUAUUUUUUUCCCAUCUUUUAUUGUUGACUUCUCAUUUAAUUGCAUCGUUAAGAGAACUUUGUGAUAAAAUUUGGAAACUAUUGUAAAUCCUUGUGUUCCAUGUGAUUGUGAAAAGACUGAAUAGGCUCUGCACCACUGCAUUUUAAAUGUGCUGCAUUCCUUUGUUAUUACUAAUGUUGGCUUUUACCUUAAAAAAAUGUUAAAAGUGCUUGUGUUUAUUGGGUCCAGGGUUCUUUUAUAUCAGGUUUUUAAAUUAGAUUGUUUAAAUCUUUAAAACUCUUUGUAAUUUUUGUUUGCCAAAUCCAUCAGUUUCUUACAGGGCUUUAUUAAAAGUUAUUUUUCUUCCUGAUAUUCUAUUGAAUUUUACUCUUUCUGAGCAAUAAUAAGCUGUUUCUUAUCCUUUAAUACAUAUUACAGAUGUUAGUUUCACAUUUCUGUCUUAUUCUUGAAUAAUAACACGUUGUACAUUUGCCUCUGUGUGAACUGUAUCAUACACCAGUUUAUAAAGAGAAUAACAAAGAUGAACUGACGAGGUGUGUCCAUUUCAUCUUCUCCUUUUAGAAGAAAAUAAAUAUAUGUGCAUUACA